UGAUGAGAAACAGAUGAUAACGUCAGUAGUGCCUCGAACCACCACUUCCUUUCCGAUAGAAACUCAAGUAUUCGGACGAGACGAACAGCUGAAUCACCUUCUGGAACAGUUGAUGAAAUCUGCCGAUGGAUCCGGAUCCAGCAACAGUAGCAUCUCUACCGUAACUAUUGUUGGGAUCGGAGGGGUCGGAAAGACUACUCUUGCUCAGCAAGCCUACAACCACGAGAGGGUGAAGGACUAUUUUCAUCCUAAGGUCUGGCUCUGUGUAUCGGAUAACUUCAACGUGGAGAGGCUUACCAAAGACAUCGUAGAAUCCAUAACCGAGGAAAAGUGUGAUCUCAGCAACCUUGAUACACUUCAAGUGGUUGUUAAGAAGAAGCUGACCUCAAAAAGAUUCCUGCUUGUCCUCGACGAUGUGUGGAACGAGGACGGCCUGAAAUGGGAAAGAUUUUGUGCAUCAUUGAGGUACGGAGAACAAGGAAGCAAGAUUUUGGUUACAACUCGCUCUAAAAAGAUUGCAGAAAUGGUUGGCAAACCGAUCCCUCUAGGAGGUCUGGAUGAAGCCAGCUAUUGGGAAUUUUUCAAAAAAUGUGCAUUUGGUUCCGAAGACGCCGGUGAAUUUCCACAGCUAGAAGCCAUAGCAAAGAAGAUCGCUGGCAGGUUGAAGGGGUUGCCACUUGCGGCAAGGACGGUAGGCGGGUUGUUGAAGGCGCAGAUGAAUGAGAAGCACUGGAGAAACAUCGCAGGGAGUGAAAUAUGGCAACUACAGCAUGACGAAAAUGGUGUCCUGCCAGUCCUACAAUUGAGCUAUCAAUGUCUUCCCCCACACCUUAAGCGGUGCUUUGUUUUUUGUUCCCUGUUCCCCAAAGAUAAUCGGUUUGAUGGAGAGCACUUGGUCCAGCUUUGGAUGGCAGAAGGCUACGUUGAUCAAGACAAUAUGAAAGACAAUAUGACGUUGGAGGCUGUAGGAAGUGACUACUUCCAUGAGUUAGUGAACAGGUCUUUCUUUCAGGAAGCUCCUUGGGGAUCGACAUAUGUGAUGCAUGAUUUGAUACACGAUCUUGCUCAGUUUAUUUCAAAGGGAGAGUUUUGCAGGAUCGAUGAUGUUGAGUCGAAAGAGAUCCCUAAUACAACUCGUCAUCUAUCAGCAACAUUAACCGAUGGAACUAAGUUAAUGGAGCUCUCCUGUUAUGAUAAAUUGCGGACCCUCGAGAUCAAUUCCAAAAGUUUUUGGUUUGACUUUCAAGACGAGAGCCCUUUGUUCAUUCAGUUUGAAAAAUUAAAAAACAUUCGAGUGUUGAUAUUGCAGAACUGUGGCUUGCAGGAGUUGCCUGAGAAAAUUGGUGGCUUGAUACACCUCCGCUACCUUGACAUAUCCUACAACCGUUACAUUAAGUGGCUGCCGGAGUCAUUAUGUGAUCUUUAUAAUUUGCGAGUACUGGAUCUGUAUGAAUGCGACCUGCAGAGUUUACCGCACGGCAUGAGCAAGUUGAUCAACUUGAUGCAUCUUAAUGAAGAAGACAAAAUAAUUUCCGAGAUAAAUGAUGUUGGGAAGCUGACUUCUCUUCAAGGACUGUGUUCAUUUAAAGUACUCAAGGAUAAGGGACACGAGGUUGCCCAAUUAGGCGGUCUGAAACAACUUCAUGGACAACUUCGAAUUACCAACCUCGAGAACGUUGAGAGUAAACAAAAAGCAGGCAUGGCUAAUCUGAACAACAAACAGUACCUUGAUGAACUAGUCUUAGAAUGGACAACAGAUGAUGGCUUCAGUUUGGACGGCAAUGAAUUAGUUGUGUCGGAGGAGGUACUUGAAGGUCUCCAACCACAUCAGGCUCUCAAACGUUUGACGAUCAGAGGGUACAUUGGUGUCAGAUCACCCAGUUGGCUGCAGACACAAUUGUUAGCGAACCUGAUAACUCUUGAUCUAUACAACUGCAAAGCAUGGGAGGAUAUUUCAUGUAUUGGACAGCUACAGAAUCUCAAGAAACUUUCCGUGAAGGGAAUGCCUGCAGUGAAACAAAUAAGUCAUGGAUUAAGUACAGAGAGCAAGUUCUUGCCUAAUCUGGAAGAGCUAGUGCUGGAGAACAUGGUGGCAUUGGAGGAACUCCCGAGUCUUGGACAACUGCCGUCGCAUCGAGAAAAUGCCAGCAGUGAAGAAGUUGGGCGAUGGAUUCUUUGGUUCCAGAGACCAAGGCAAGUGUUUUCCUAGCUUGGAGGAGCUCAAGUUCUGGGACAUGCCAGAAUGGGAAGAGUGGACUUGGGCUGAUGGCCGACAGCUGUUUCCCUGUUUGCGAAAACUUCAAAUUGAAAGAUGCCCGAGGCUUAAGAGGUUGCCUCCCCUCCCUCCUCCACUUGAAACAUUAGAAAUAGAUGAAGUCGGAUUGAAUGUUUUAGAACGCAUGCAUUGAAUGUUUAAAUGAGU